AUGAAAAUUUUAAGAAUAUUUAACUUUUAUAACAUUGUCCUGUUGGCUAGUUUUAUAAUAUUACAUUCGUCGAAUGAAAGUUUAUCAACCAAAAAAAAAUUAAGCGAAUUUAAAGAAAUUGAGGAAAAAUUAAAAAAAAAAAAAAGUAACAAAAAGAUAAUUAUAAUUAUUUGCACAACUGUAGGGUUAGUUAUCUCUUCAUAUCUACUAGGAAGAGUAAUUUACAAUAAAGUAACAAAGAGGAAAUAUAAAUCUAGAAUAGAAAGUGAUAAAACUAAUUUUGAUAAUGACAAUAAAUUUUCAAGAGGGUAUAACAACAUUUUAUCAUUUGUGAAUAAUUAUUUAGAUAAUGAAUUUUACGCUGCUUCUGAUAAAAAUAAAAGUAUGAUGAAAAAUUAUUCAUAUUUACGAAAAGUAAUUAAUAACGCACAACAUCAUUUUAAGGAAGUACUUUCAGAUAACGAAUUAAAAUGUAUGUUGAGUAAUCUAUAUAAACGUAUGAAUGUAAAAUAUUCUGAUUUUUUAAGUAACAAAAAUAAUAAAAUAAAAGCUAAAGACUCAAAUAAAAAUAUUUCAACAAGCAUAUCAUCAUUUAAUCAUGACAUUGUUGCUUUUUCAGAAUCAAUUAAUGAAAACUAUGAACAAAUUUUAAACCUUGCGAAAAAAGCAAAGAAACAAUUAAAAGAUGAUUUUUUACGAAGUAGUGAUCAUAUCAAAAACACACCUCCAAAAAUCAUUUAUACAAAAAGAUUAGUUGAAUUUAUAACCAGUAGAGAAGGUUAUGAAUUAUCAAAAAAGCAAAUUAGUGAAUUAUGCAAAUAUGUUCACGUAACUUCCAUGGAGCUAUAUUAUGAUCAUAUAAGUAAAAUAAAUCCUAUAUAUGAAAAACCAAAAUUAAAAACAUAUGACUUAGAUAUUAACUUGUUUUCAACUCUUAAUAAAAAAAAUAUGGAAAAUUAUAAAGAAAAAAUUUUUUUGGAGGUAGAAAAUUUUGAGCAACAUUAA